UGAGAAUAGGCCAAACCUGACAACAUUUCUGUUCAGACUUUGCCUUUCCUUUUCGUCCUCUGUGUUUGACACAUACACAUUAAUUUCUAAGCUUCUUGAGUGAAUAUUCGCUUUUGGUGGCCCUUCAUUUCACCAUUUUCUCUCUUCUGCUAUAUAUUCUGCACUUUGCCUCUUCAUGCAUUGGUAAUAACCACUUUAGUUAAUGCCAUUCACAAUGCCUCUCACUCUAAGGAAUAAGCUCAAGACUCUUUGUUCUUCUUCUUCUUCUGUUGAUGCUUGGUCUUAUGCUAUUUUCUGGCGCUUUCAUCCACGCAAUUCUUUGUUGUUGACAGUGGAAGAAGCAUACUAUGAAGAGAAUCAGGAAGAAGAGAUUUCCAACAUGCAUCCACCGGUCCACUUGCUGGGUGAAGGAAUUGUAGGUGAAGCUGCUUUCACGGGUAAACACAGUUGGGUGCACUCAGAUGGUCAAACUCAUUAUUGGAAUCCGACUGGGCAAAAUAUUUGUGAAGUAUUGCUUUCAACUGUUGAGUUUGUGCCAUUUAUUUCAAUUCAACUUUGGGUUGCUCUUGUUUUUUGCCCAUUUAUCACUAAAGAUUUUUCUUUCUUUUCACAGGAUGAUUCGUGUUUGCAUCAACAGUUUUCCUCCGGAAUAAAGACUAUUGUGGUCAUACCUAUCAAAGCAUUAGGAGUGAUACAGUUUGGAUCCAGAAAUAAGAUUUUGGAGAGAGUGGAAUUUUUGGAGCAAACACAAAGCAUGCUCACGGAAAUAGAUGAUUAUAUGGGUAUGUUUGACAUGUUAGAAAAUGCAGUUUUACCACUGGACUAUGACACUAAUGAGUUAAAUGGGAUGUUAGCUUCCAUUUCUUCUGCUAGUCCCAACCACCCUUUCCCUUCUCAUUAUAAAAACUAUGAAGAACCAAUGGCUUCAUUUCAAGCAGAUUCUUCGUAUCUUGGUGACCAAUUGAAAGGUAUCAUGGAAGCACAAGUUGUGUUGUCAGAUAGGAAUAACACUGAUGUGCUUCUGAGGCCUAACUCUUCUACGGACAACUUAAUUGCCACAAAUCCCUAUCUUGGUGUGUGUGAUGGUGAAUUAUCUUCUUUUGAUUUGUUGGAGCAACAAUUAGUUUCCAGUGCAAGGCCACAAGAUGUUGCAGAUGCGUGUUUUAUGAAUGAAAAUGCAUUUCCUACUAGCAAAGUUCCAGUUCAGGAUUCGGCAUUGGUCCCAUUGUGCAGUAUGCACAAAGGGUCAUUUCAAGGAAAAUUGUACAAUUCACUGGAUAACCAAUGUUCAAAUCAGUCUAGUGUUGUGACAGAUGUUGAUUUUUCCUCUAGUUCAUAUGCACUGCGUGGACACUCUGAGAGCAUAGAGCCAGUUGAUAUGUCAGAAGAAAUUUUGAAGUUCAGCUCCAUGGAUGAUCUUUGCCACUGGUUUGGUCCUUCUUCAGAGGAUAGCAUCUGCAAAGCGGUAAUUGCAUUGGACAACAACUUUUCUGAAUCAACAGAGUUUAACCCCACUUCCUUUGAUCUGGUUGGAAGCAGUUCUUUAAAUGAUGUUUUAGUAACAGGCCUAGCUGGGUAUAAUUCAAACACAGAUGGGAAUGAAACAUCUGUGAUUAUGCAGAACACUGAGAAAGGUCCGUUGGAUUUCAUGGAAAUUGAUUUUAGCUAUGAACAAGUCGAUGAAUGGUGGGGGAAUACACUUACACCAGUGGUGAGUGGUGUUACAGAGACUGGCUUUUCUGAAUGCAUAUCCGAGUUGAAUUCUGAUUCUCUGCCAGGCACCCGGAAGAGAUUGUUCUCAGAGUUAGGAAUUGAAGAGCUUUUGAGAGGUGGAGCAAAUUACAAUCCAAUCAAUAGUUCAGAAUUUGAGUGUGGAUUAUCACCCAACAAGAGGCAGACAGUGGUAGAAUCUUCAUCUGUGAAUGGAAGUACAAUAGCAGAACUGAUGCAACCUCUUUGUGACUUAGACAGCACAAACAAUCUUCUAAGCAAGAAAGAUACAUUCUCAAAACUACAAGCAGCAACUUGGGUUGAUGAUAGCCAUAGCAUUAACAUUAGAAAGUCUGUUCAACAACAUCCUCAAAAGCCCGAGGAACCAAAGCCCACCAAGAAGAGGGCUAGGCCAGGUGAAAGCCCUCGACCAAGGCCAAAAGAUCGUCAGCAAAUCCAAGACUGUAUUAAAGAACUGAGAGGAAUCAUCCCAAAUGGUGGAAAGUGUAGCAUUGAUUCUUUGUUAGACCGCACCAUCAGAUAUAUGCUUUUCUUACAAAGUGUCCUCAAGUAUUCAGACAAGCUACGAGAACCAAGUGAGCCGAAGCUUAUUGAACGGGAAAAUGAAGUGGUUCUAGAAGACAGUGGUGUGGCAGAUAGCAAAAACUGUGGCAUUACAUGGGCAUAUGAAGUGGGACACGAAACAAUGCUAUGCCCCAUUAUCGUUGAGGACACGAGUCCACCAGGCCAAAUGCUUAUAGAGAUGCUUUGCGAGGUGCAGGGUAUAUUCCUUGAGAUCAUUGACGUGAUUCGGGGUUUUGGACUGAAUAUACUGAAAGCCAAGAUGGAAAGAAAGAAGAACAAACUAUGGGCACGCUUUAUUGUUGAGGCAAACAGACAUGUUACGAGGAUAGAUGUGUUUUGGUCCCUUAUCCAUCUUCUACAACAGACAAACACCUCCGGCAUUGAUUCUUCCAACAAGAAUUGGGAUGCUGCUCUUCAUGCCAAUAGCAUCAAAUCCUAGGAAUAUGAUCCAUGUCUGUACAUAAAUUGUAGAUUAGGAUACACUUAGCAAAAAAAACACUGUAGGUGAUCAAUUCCCAACUAAGUUCCCAAGGAAAAGGUUGUGCAGGUGAUGAAUUGAAGAAAUUAUGUAUACUGUUGAGCUUUUAUCUGUUAAACUUUGUGUUUCUGAGGGCCAAAAAAGUUAGAGUAACCAAAAUGAACAUCCAAAUAGGCAUAUUUUGAUUCUCUAUUUCAUCUACUGUUCCUUGAAGAUGUUUAAUAAAUUAGUUGGAACCCA